AUGUCAGUUGGGACGUGCACAGCAACGAUACUGCCCAUUUCUCUGCGUCCCUCCGUUGAUUUCUGCUUGGGUGGAUGGGACGAAGGUGGCGGGGGCGGAUUGUUCUCUUGGCACUUGGCGGGUCGCCGUAUGGCCGGUGUCGUCUUCCGUCUGGUACCAUCUUUUGGACUUGCUGCCCCUCUCAGCAGGGCAGACUAUCGAGCAUCGAUGCAACGGCCAAGAAGCACAAGAGAUCUCCCCGGUAUUGGCGUUGUCGGGUGCCGCGGCGGAUGGAGUCUCCAAGCCCGCCAAGUGGCCAAGGGCAAUCAGCCACGUCCCGGCCGUGUAACCUCUUGGUCCGCGGCACGCCGCACAGCCAAAAUUAGCAUUGUGAGCCGGGGACAUCAGACCAAAGCCCCUAUCUUCCCUAACCUCGAACGGGAAAGAUGCGCCGUCUGUGAUCAACUGUCAUCUCCUUUCCGCCAUGUGGUCCGGCUUCGAGUGUGGAGGGAAGGAAGAAUGAAGCUUCGUCCGGAAGAGACGGCGCGGAAUGGCUGGUCUUGGGAGUCUAAAGUCUUGGAAACCAGCCUGUCAACCACUUGUGGCACGUCUUGGGCAGCGCGAGUCCUUCCGCAUAAGCAACUCUCCAGCGGCCCCAUUCCCAAUGUUGCAGCUUCACUUUCUGGGGAGCAAGAGUCUCUUCGCCAUUGGGUCCGCAAGCCGAUGCUCGAAAGACAAGAGUUUACCAAGACCAUCCAUCGUCGCUCUUGGCUGCGUCCAAGUGUUGUCAUUUCGUCCACCCUUUACGAACAGACUGACUCUAAAUCUCUUGAGUCUGGGGGCCAAAACUCCGGGCAGCCUGGCCUAGAUGGCAAUGGCCACGCAUUCUGCACCGGAAUUGUUUGUUUCGAGAAUCGAGACCUGGUCAACACAAGCUUACUUGACUACUCCAUCUUGGCUCUCGUCCAGAGUCGUAGUCUACCCCCUGAAGGCGUCCAUGCACCCUGCGAUCCCAUUCACCUGCAACGUAGGUCGUCGACAAAUGUUGCCUCUUCCAAGUGCCGACAGAGGAAGAGGAGCCAUGAUGGCAUGGGUUUGUCGCUCCAGCGAGAACGAACUCCCCCGUUCUACAUGGACCCCGGGCCCGUUGGUCAGGAAUCACAACGGCGGAUGUUCCCAAGGGUUACACUCCUCGUCUUUGCCGAUAUUCGUCGCCCGCCCCGGUCGCGCAAGGCCUUACACACCAAAACACGCUUACCUCUUCAGACGGAUGCACCGUCACUGCCUCAAGCUUUCUGUCAUCCAAGCCCCUUGGACGCAAAACCUCGGUGCUCACAGUCGGCCAAGCCGGUCCAACGGCACUAG